CCUCAACCACUUUAUAUUGGCAAAACCUGUUAAAAUUGAUGCUAGAAUCAAAUCACGGACAACAUAUUCCGAAGUAUAGUUCGAGUUGGAGCCCUUUUUUAAAGGGAAAGAGACAACGGCUAAAACUGUUAUCUUUCCCGGGUUUAGACUCUACAGAAAAUUCCCUCCUCGUCGUCUCUACGCUAAUCGCGUCUCAAUUUUCCACAAAGAAAAGAGAGAGAAUGGAGAACCAAAAAUCCAGCCGAAACGCCGACAUUGUUGACUGCAAUUCACUCGCCGUCGACGGCGAUGUUCCUAAUGGAUCGGCUCUGAUCUUUCUCGGGACUGGGUGCUCCAGCGCCAUCCCCCACGUAAUGUGCUUGAUUCAGCCUUCUAAUCCUCCCUGCCAAGUCUGCUUCCAGUCCCUCUCCAUCCCGCCCGAACGCAACCCUAACUACAGGUGUAAUACAUCACUGCUUAUAGAUUACUGUCAGAGUGAUGGUAAACACAACUACAUAUUAAUUGAUGUUGGGAAGACAUUCAGGGAGCAAGUUCUUCGAUGGUUUACUUUCCAUAAGAUACCACGAGUUGAUUCGAUCAUUUUGACUCACGAGCAUGCUGAUGCGGUUCUUGGUCUGGAUGAUAUACGUGCUGUGCAACGGUAUAGUCCCACAAAUGAUACUGAUCCAAUUCCCAUUUACCUGACAGAGUUUGCAAUGGCAAGCAUUGCAAAGAAAUUUCCAUACUUGGUUCAGAAGAAACUUAGAGAGGGCCAGGAAGUGAGACGGGUAGCACAGGUUGAUUGGAAGAUAAUUGAGGAGCAAUGUGAUAAACCAUUUGUUGCAUCACACCUGCAAUUUGUUCCUUUACCAGUGAUGCAUGGUGAAGAUUAUGUCUGUUUGGGUUUUCUUUUUGGUGAAAAAUGUAAAGUGGCAUAUAUAUCUGAUAUAUCACGUUUCCCUCCAAACACAGAAUAUGUUAUUUCAAAAAAUGGGGCCGGACAGUUGGAUCUUCUCAUAUUGGAUACAUUAUCUAAGAUCGGAUCCCAUAAUGUUCACUUCUGUUUGCCUCAGUCUCUUGAAGCUGUGAAGAAGCUAUGUCCAAAACGAGCUCUGUUAAUUGGAAUGACUCAUGUCUUUGAUCACCAUAAGGACAACGAAUUUCUUAAGGAAUGGUCACAGAGGGAAGGAAUCCCAGUGCAACUUGCACACGAUGGUCUAAGGGUCCCCAUAGACCUGUAAACAAGGGGUUUGUGCAAGAAAAAUGACAAGGAAAUUUUAUAGUUGAUAGUUUCCAUCCCAUCUGAUGAGAAAGCCAUAGAGAAGAUAUAAACUACAUAGGUAGUACAAGUUGUAACCUAAGGAAAUACUAAGAAUUGUUCCUUUAUGUGAGACAACAGGGAAGUCCAAAUCUCCAUAUGAAGUUUCUGUUGCUUCCCAUUUCCCCUUUUGCUGUGACUUUUUUCGUCUAAUAAUUUGAUCAACCAUAGUUACAAUGGUAUUGGAAGCUUACAAUCAUGUUGUUAUUAAAUUAUUAACUCUUCA